UGGUCCUCUUUAUCUUGAUCUUGGUGAUUUUAGUUUUUCACCUCUUGAACCUGAUGAAAACGGUGACCUGCUCACUAGCAGUUCGAUUUCUUCUAUCGAUGAUGCAAAGAAAACUGCCAGUUCUACUUCUUCUCCAAUUACUAGUAAUAGUAGCAUUUAUGAUACUCCAACUAUUAAACUUACUUCAAAAAAUCUUUCUGACCUUGAUGGUUCUUCAAAUGAUCAAUCAAAACAAACUUCUCCCUUUUCAAAAAAAGGUUUGUCGAAUAUUAAUUCGCAAACUGAUAACAUUCCAAAUUAUUUAAAACCUCGAAAACCACAUCAUCUUAAACCUGCACUUAAAGCUUAUAUGGAAUCAUUCAAUUUUGAAAAAGAUCCUAUUGAUAUCGCGUUAAG